AGGUCAUGAAUUACGAUCAUCGGUCGAGUUUUCGGGAAUUUCUGCGUCUUCUGCCGUUCGAGUGAGUUAUUUUAGCCAUUGUUUCCAAGUCUCCCCUCCACUUGACGAGUCCUCAGUUGUGGCUCCGUCUCAGAGCGCCCCGAAAUUCCGCUGCAAUUUUCCGGCCGGUUUUGAUGGGCAUUAUUUAGAACAAUUUUCCGCAGCUGAUGGACAGCGUCUCCAGCUCGUCGGAAGACAGCAGCAACUCCAAGCCACACCAAGGGGGCGGGGUCUCGGGGGGCGAGGAGACGGAGGGGGUUUAUUUUCCACCUCACUUCCCUCAGCAAGGAAGACGGGGCAGCGGUGGGUCUGAGUUCUCCCCUCAGACUGAUGAUAGCUCCGAGGAGGAUAGUAGUGAGGAUGAUGACAGCCGUCAGAGCCCCACCCAACCUGUCCCCAUCCGAACUUAUGCUCCGCCCACCAACUUCAGUACAAACGACAGUACAACAGGAACGGUAUCGGGACAGGGUUCUCGGCACGGCUCCAUUCCAUACCAGAGUGUCCCCAUUCGGCGUCGCCUGGUGAACUACAAGCAGUUCUACAAUGAGAGAGACAGCACCGGGACGGAGGAGGAAGAGGAGGAAGAGGAGGUGGGGUGGAGGACAGGUAGAAGAAAGAGUGAGGACAGUGAGUUUGAGCUGUCGGAUGGAGAGGAAGAAGAAGACAGUUUCUCCGAGACGGGGGAGGAGAGUUCGGAGUGGGAGGAUCCUGGGCGGGGACGGAGCCAGUCAUCCAGGGGGGUGUGGCCUGUGUCUGACAGCGACAGUGACUACAGACCUGGUGUGGGGAGGGGGAAGAGGAGAGGGAGGAAGAGACAGCCAAUGAAAAACCACUGGAGCGAAGCCAAUUACGACUAUUCUGUGAAGGAGGCAGAGGCAACUAGUGACACUGACUCUGAAUUUGAGCCUGGAACAAGGAGGAAGAGGACAGGGCAGGGGGCCAGGAGAUCACCUGAUUUCGCACGGGCAACGACUGGUCGUAAAAGGGGUGUGGUCUCAUACAAGGAGUCGUCUCACUCGGAGGUGAGUGAGGGUGAGAUUGGUGAGGGGGGAGGAGGGGAGGGGGCUGAGGAAGACGGAAGAGAUGGACUUGAGAGAGUGGCUCGGAGCAGAUCUCGACCUGGUGCAGGAGAUGUAAUGACAUCAGUGAUGGAGGAGGGGGAGGGAGUGACUGAAUACCUGAUAAAGUGGAAAGGGAAAUCGUACAUGCACAGCAGCUGGCACACAGAGUCAGAGCUGCGGAGUAUGGACAUCAGGGGACUGAAGAAACUAGACAACUAUCUCCGUCGGCAGGAGGAGAUGUCGCAAUGGGAGGCCGGCGCAAACGCAGAGGACAUCGAGUUCUUCCGUUGCCAGGAGCAACUGCAGGAGCAGCUGCUGACUCAGCACACCCAGGUCGAGAGGGUCAUUGGUGCCAGGAACGGGGGGGAGGGGCAGCAGGAGUACCUGUGUAAGUGGAGAGGACUCCCUUACAGCGAGGCCACUUGGGAGCCAAACUCCCUCAUCGACACCUCAUUCCAGCCCCAGAUUGACGCCUUCCUGGAGAGAAACAACUCAGACUGUAUCCCCGGCAGGAAUUUGAAAGUUCUUCGGGCGCGACCUCGCUUCCAGGUGUUGAAGGAGCAGCCGCCAACCCUGGGGCGAAGGGUAGGAGGAGAGAGAGGAGGAGGAGGGAGAGGAGGGUUAAUUCUCAGAGACUACCAACUAGAUGGUGUCAACUGGCUGGCUCAUUCCUGGGCCAAGAACAACUCGGUCAUACUGGCAGAUGAGAUGGGACUGGGGAAGACCAUUCAGACCAUCACGUUCCUCCACUACCUCUCCCACUACCACCAGCUGUACGGACCGUUCCUUGUGGUCGUACCACUCUCGACCAUGCCAGCAUGGCACCGCGAGUUUGAGCUGUGGGCGCCAGACCAUAACCUAGUGGUCUACAUUGGCGACGUCGUCAGUAGACAAAAGAUCAGAGAGUACGAAUGGUGUCAUCCGAACAAGAGACUCAAGUUUAACUCCAUCCUCACUACAUACGAGAUCCUGCUGAAGGACAAGCAGUUCCUUGGUGCCAUCAGCUGGGCGGUGCUGGUGGUCGACGAGGCACAUAGACUCAAGAACGAUGACUCUCUCCUCUACAGAACCCUCACCGAGUUCAGGACUAACCACCGCCUACUUAUCACCGGGACGCCUCUCCAGAACUCACUCAAGGAACUGUGGUCUCUACUCCAUUUCAUAAUGCCAGGGACAUUCCCUGACUGGGAGGGAUUCGAGGAGGUCCAUAGGGCCUAUGGGGAGGGUGACACCCACUCCCUCUCCUCCCUCCACCAGCAGCUACAACCCUUCCUCCUGCGCCGCAUGAAGAAAGACGUGGAGAAGAGUCUCCCGGCCAAGGUGGAGCAGAUUCUGAGGGUGGACAUGUCCUCUGCCCAGAAACAGUACUACAGGUGGAUAUUGGCACGGAACUACGCAGCCCUCAGUAAGGGGGUCAAAGGUAGCAUCACGGGAUUCAUCAACAUCAUGAUGGAGUUGAAGAAAUGCUGCAACCAUACGUGGAUAGUGAGGUCUCCUGACGUGUUCCCCUCCCAGCCCAGCGAGAGAGUUCAGUCGCUCCUGAGAGGCAGUGGGAAGCUAUUUCUGCUGGACAAACUGCUGACGCGGCUCCACGCAGGCGGACAUCGCGUCCUCAUUUUCUCCCAGAUGGUCCGCAUGCUCGACAUUCUGGCCGAGUACAUGCAGCUGAAACACUACCUCUACCAGAGACUGGACGGCUCCAUCAAGGGGGACGUAAGGAAGGAAGCCAUUGACCAUUUCAACGCAGAGGGAUCUCUGGACUUCUGUUUCCUCUUGUCGACGAGGGCAGGUGGACUGGGGGUGAACUUGGCGACGGCCGACACCGUGGUGAUAUUUGACUCCGACUGGAACCCCCAGAACGACUUGCAGGCUCAGGCCCGGGCCCACCGCAUCGGUCAGAAGAAACAGGUGAACAUCUACCGACUGGUGACCAGUAACAGUAUUGAGCAGGACAUCGUGGAGAGGGCCAAGAGGAAGAUGGUGUUGGAUCACCUGGUCAUCCAGAGAAUGGACACCACGGGACGCACUGUUCUCUCUACCGAGCCUGCCAGGGCUAAUAUUCCAUUUGACAAAGAGGAACUCAGUGCCAUACUGAAGUUUGGGGCGGCAGAGUUGUUCAGUGAGGGGGGAGGGGGAGAGGGGGGAGGGGACCAGGCUCUCCAGGAAAUGGAUAUCGACGAUAUUCUGCAGCGAGCAGAGACACAAGUGGCCACUGAGGACACCUGCACCGUGGCCGAUGAACUGCUCUCUCAGUUUAAAGUUGCUACUUUUGCUCUGGACGAGGAAGUGGGUGGGGCUAAUGUCCCUCCAGCCACACCCACUGAGGAGAAGGCACUGCUGCUAAGCCCCACCCCCCAGUCGGAGAAAAGGAGGCGUGGUCGGGGGACAGAGCAGCGAGGGUGGGAGGAGAUAAUCCCAGCGGAGCUGCUACAGGAGGUGGAGGAAGAGGAGAAGCAGAGGGAGGAGCUCCAGUUGUACCUUCCUCCCCGACAGAGGACUGUGCAGAAUUACUGUGAGGACCAGCAGACGUCUACGACGAGAAGCAGCAAUGGUGGACGAAGCCGCAGAGCUGCCAGGGGAGGGGGCGGAGCCAGAGAUCGGGCGGGAGGGAGGAAGAGGAGAGGGGGAGAUGAAGGGGAUGGUAAGGCAGAGAGCAACGACAAUUCAAGUGUAGUUCGAAAGAACGUGAGAGGAUUCACCAACUCUGAGAUCAAGAGGUUCAUCCGUAGCUACCUGAGGUUUGCGCCACCCAACUCUCGGCUGGAGGAGGUGGCUAGUGACGCUGGCCUGCAGGAGAAGAGUCUGUCUGAGCUCCAGAGACUGGCCGACACCCUCAGUGACGGCGUGGACCUGGCUGAGCGGGAACACAACUCCAGGUCUGAAGGAGAGAGGGGAGAGAAGGGUCCAGUUCUGCAGCUAUCCAGAGUCUCUGUGCCUGUCUCGUCGUUCAAGGCCAGACUGGAGGAGCUGCAGGCUCUGGCUGACUGUCUGCCUGCCAGUCAGGAUGCCAGGAAGAAGUACAGGAUGGUGACGAGAGCCAAGCCAGUCACCUGGCCCAGGGUGCGAUGGUCUCCGGUUGACGACUCCAGACUGCUGGUCGGCAUCCUGAAACACGGCAUUGGGAACUGGGACAGUAUUCGGGACGACCCGGAUUUAAAUAUGGGCAAAAAGAUAUUGCUGGAAGACAAGUCGCGCAAGCCGCAGGCCUCUCAUCUCCUCACCAGAGUGGAGUACCUCCUGAAAUUACUGGUGACUGAGACACAAACCACCAGACAAAAGGGAGGAAGAGGAGGGAGGAAGGGAGCAGCUGCUGCUAAACCAGUUCACCGAACAGCUACCCGAACAAGAAAACCGGUUUCAAAAUCUGUCAAACCUCCUCCGAGAACUAGUCAGGUGCCUCCGACCUCUCUCACCGUUCAAAUCCCUCGCGACCUACUAGCCCAGUGUCCUGAAGGAGUGGUCGGAGACAUUCAGGACAGAAAGACCAAGAGACCUGUCCUACAGGACAAGGUUCCUCCUAUUAAGAUGGCAAAGAUGGACCCGGGAAGGGGGCGUGGCAGCUCGUUCAGCGAGGAAGACUGGGAGGAAAGAGAACUGGACGAGGAAGUAUUCAAAAAGAGCAAGCAGGUGAUGCGGCCGGUGAAGCGGAGUCUGAUGGACCUGAACACGGAGAGUACGGGGGAAGGGGAGAGUUUUAAGAAAGCGGUGGUGGAGAUUGGGGAACACAUCUCCUCCAGUCUGACACAGUGGGCUCGUUCUGACGACAGGAAGCUAUGGAGGAGGAAUUUGUGGGUGUUUGUGUCCAAGUUCUCCAGAGGCAGUGCCCAUGACAUCCACAGACUCUACCUCCGACUAAAGUCUGACCAGUCGGCCCUCAAGAAGUCUGCUGCUCCCAUCAAGAAACGAUACAUGCCAACCACAGACUCCUCCCAUGACACACCCAGACCUAGAGAGAAUUUUGACCCCGGAUACAGACCCCCCAGUGACAGCAAUCCUGCCCACGGAAAGGCCAGAAAAUAGUUAUCGACACUUUUUCAAUUUUCUCUGACUGCUCUGAUCAGGUUUCAUUCACACACACUUCUAUUUAUAAGUGAAAUGUUCUUGCGCAUGCGUAUUUGUGAGUGCAAAGCACACAGCAUGCAGGAUGUCGUCGACAGGUGUGAGUACGUUGUUUGCCUUGCUAGUGACGCUCUGCGGGGCUGCAGACCUGUCGGAGAGGGAAGGGUCGGGCUCGGAGAGCGGUAGCGGGGACUCGAGCGACUCCUCAGAGCCGGUGCUAAGCGCAGAGGCCAUCGCCAACAUAGCGGCGUCUGCAGCUGCAGUGGCCGUGCUGGGCGGAGCCAUGUGCUAUCUCCUGAUGUGUUUCAACAAGCAGGAGCGAAUUGAGCGAGUUCGAGCGGCGCAGGAGAGAAACAGGCAGAUAUCUAGAAGGCUGGAGACCGCCAAACUGGCAAAGAAGGAGAAGCAACAGACGCAUUCAGCCGCAGAGCGGCAGGCAGAGAUGGGGAGUCACGGGGAGGAAGGCG